UAGCAAUUGAAGAGGGAGGGAGAGAGCAAAAGUCACUGGCAGUGUUGAGGUCUUUGAAUCAACAGGUGGCAGAGGGAGAAACUUGCUGACGAAGAAAGAGAGUAGAGGAGGAGAAAGUUAAAGAAAACCCUCAAGGCCAUGACCACGAGACUCCUGUGGAGGGCCCUGUGCCUACUUGUUCUACUCUGCAUUGUGUCAAACUUCAGCUUCGCCACCACUCACCAAGACCCCUCAGCCCCAGAGCAGGGAGUCACCUUCAGCCACGUCUAUAAAAUUGACAUCCCGGGGAGCUCCAGUUGUAAACUUGAGCACCUGUCAGACCAGGAUGAAACAGGUCUGCAGACAGAGACUACUACAAAUGGAGAGAAUGACAUCAUCUUCAGACACAACAUCAAGCUGCAGACACCAAAGUGCGACUGUGAGGACUCGGAGAGCUUCAAGUCACUCUUGUACAGGGUCAACGGGCUGGAGGAGGAGGUCAACUACCUAAAGACCCAGUGUACUCAGGGAUGCUGUGGAGGCCAUGGGGCUGCAGGUGUGGACACAAGCUGUAGUGGCCAUGGUACCUACCAGCAGGACACCUGCAGCUGCCUGUGUAACCCAGGUUGGGAAGGCCCAGACUGCUCAGUGUCCUCCUGCCCAGAUGAGUGCAAUGACAACGGCCGGUGCGUGGAUGGAAAGUGUGUGUGCCACCAGGGCUACACAGGGGAGGACUGCAGCCAGCUCCUGUGUCCAGACAACUGCAACGACAAGGGACAAUGCGUGGAUGGAAAAUGCGUGUGUUUCCCGCACUUCACCGGUGAGGACUGCAGCAUCCAGAAGUGUCCCAAUGACUGCGUGGGUAACGGCCAGUGUGUGGAUGGCCAGUGCAUCUGUGAAGAAGGCUUUUAUGGCGAAGACUGUUCAUUAGUCUUCGGCCCUCAGGGUCUGCGGUUGGUCCAGCUGACCGACGUCUCCCUCCUGGUUGAGUGGGAUUCAGUUCGUGCAGCAGAGUAUUACAUUUUGACAUAUAAUCCCAAAGAUGAUGAGAGACUCCUGGAGCAAAUCCGGGUUCCCAACACAGAGAACUCCUACCUCAUCACAGGACUGGAACCUGGGAUCACAUACAUUGUCAAGGUGUAUGCUGUCGUUAAAGAAAUCCAAAGCGAAGCAGACAAGAUUGAAGCAACCACAGAUGUCUCUGCCAUCGAUGGCAUCAGAGUUAUUGGCCAGACAGAAGUCUCUAUUCAGGUGGACUGGAAGAACCCAUCAGCUGAGGUGGAUCACUUCAGGCUCACACACACUGACCCGGCUGGACAGGAGGAGGAGCUGAAUGUACAGAGGAGUCAAGAGGCACGCACAAAGCACACUAUUGCCGGUCUGUUUCCAGGAACAGAAUACCAGAUCUCUGUGCAGGCCAUCAAAGGAACCACUGAAGGAAAGCCUUCCACUGUCACUGGUGCAACAGACAUUGACGCUCCGACCAACCUGAUCACGACUGAAGUAACAGAGGACACUGCAACAGUUUCGUGGGAUCGUGUCCAGGCAGAUAUAGAGGGCUACAUGUUGAGCUACACCUCUGCUGAGGGCUCCAGCUCUGAGAUCCCCGUAGGACGUGACAGAACCUCGUACAGGCUGGUUGGCUUGAGGCCUGGAGUUCUCCACACUGUCUACAUCUGGGCCUAUAAGGGAGACAAAGUCAGCAGUAAGGGCUCAACAGAGGCUGAAACAGAGCUGGACGCUCCUACUAACGUCUUGGCCCAAGAUGAAACAGAGUCCAGCUUCAGGGUGUCCUGGGAUCACACCCAGGCAGAAAUUGAUGGCUACGUCCUAACCUACAGCUCCUCUGAGGGCUCAAGUGAGGAAAUCCCGGUCGGGUUUGACAGCACUUCAUAUGUGCUGACUGGCCUGAGGCCUGGUGUCCCCUACACUGUCUACAUCUGGGCCAUCAAGGGAGAUUUGGUGGUAACAUCAGAGUCUACUAAGCAAGUGGUUCUACUGGAACUGACUAUCCCCUGGGAGGACCGGAACGAAGAAGCCAAUGAGUGUAAGAGGGCUAAAUAUGCAGAGCUCAUCGCAGAGUGCUGGAGCAACGGAUGGAAAGCCCGCUGCGAGCCAGUUGAAGUCGGGUGCCGAGGCUUUGCUGGACACUCACUCCAGAGAACUUUGAAGCUUCUUGGUGUAAGAGGACUGCAGUUAAGGAGAGCCACUAAGAACAUCCUUGAGGCUGCUGAAAAGGCCUCACAGUGGCUGUGGAUCCGUAGGGGGGAUCCGUGGAAGAACGUGCCACUUGGACACGAGUCGGGGACUGAUCACCCUUGGCUGGGUUGCCCGGGCGAGGGUGUCUGA